AUGUUGUGCGGAAUCUACACAGCCAACAGCGUCGAUGUCGUGGGUGAUGACGGUCUGCGUCGCCACGGACGCGUUGUAGAUGUGACUGAUGAUGGGUUCCUUGUUGACUUUCUAAGUUCCGCCGAAGGUCGCCGUCUCCUCCCCUUCGGCAGUAAAAUCUUCUCACCUGAUCGUUAUCCUUCGGCAAAGUCCACUACCACCGAAGUGCUGAUGCGCCAGAAUUCCGGCGAUCCGUGGAUUUGGUAUACGGCUGAGCACUUACGCAAGCAUUACGGCGUGGUAGUUGUCCAGUGGGUCGACAAGGACAAGGCGGUGCACACGGAUAUCGUCCCGGACGAACGAGUUCGCGAGAGAGACCUGAGCAGUCGACUUACUGAGAGGGAUGAAUUCGAGAAAGUCAGUGUCCAGUUGCCCGCCUGGUGUGGCUCAGUGUCCGCAGAAGAACUGAGAGACCAACUACACAUUCAUGCGCCAGAUUCCGGUUUCGCUGCUGAUUACUUUGCGUUUUCUCUGGUGGAUGUCGUGGAUGGACGGCUCUGGUACGUUCAUCUUCGAAAUAUCUCUGAAGAGAUGGAAAGGAUCCAGGAGGAGAAUUCGGUGAAAUAUCAGCACGAACCUUCCAGACGCUUUAUGAAAUGGUUGACCGGGCUUCUGCGCGCGCCCGCAUCUUCCGUCUCGGUCGCCGAAGUCGAGUCAGACAGUGCCCAUACUGACGGCUAA